AUGUUCAAUUGCGUAAUGAAAGGAAACCACUUGGUGUGGAACACUGAAUUUGAGGAAGCAAGAGAUUACUUGAAUCCAUUAAAGAGCAACCCUAGAAUGGCCUUUGAGCUCGGAUCUAUUGCUGCUCUCUCCUCAAACAUUUCAGACAUGGAACAAGAAGUUAAAGGAACAUCGGAAGACUACUACACUCAAACUGAACGGACCCAUAAAAACUAUAUGGAAUUAGAAGAGAUGAGUGAAGAGCAAAUUCUUCACAAUUUUGAACUCGAUUUGACAUUGUUGAACGGAGAGACUCAUUUGUUGAGAGGUAUUCUACAAUUUCAUGCCUCGUCUUAUUUGAAAGGGUUUUAUAAUUUGAGAAAGGCCUAUUUGAAAUUUAAGGAAGUCCAUACAACUGUUGAUAGCUUGAAAGAUGAACCAAAGACUUCAUCUAAAUUUGUACACAGUGAUUUAAUUCACAGUUGUUAUUUUGGAUUGGGCAUUUUCAAUUUCAUGCUUUCAAUUUUACCUCCAACACUAGCUAAAAUUUUGAGCGUUUUAGGAUUUGAUGCCGACAGAGAUCAAGGUCUGCAUUAUUUGAAACAAGUACAUGAUUAUGGUGGUAGACACUUGGGAAAUGGUGGAUUCAUGUUGUGCUUGAACUACUUGUUUAUUCCUAGAGCAUUGCAAGACAGAGAGAAGAACCUUCAGGAAGUCUCUCCAAUUUUAGAGAGAAUUGGUGCCCGCUUCCCAAAGAGUGGCUUCUUUAAAUUUAUUCACUCUCACUAUGACAGAAAGGCUGGAGACAUUAAUGCUGCUAUUUCUAAUCUCAAGGACGCCAUUCAGAUCACAGCAAAGAGUAUGGGAACAAAGCCCAACAAUUUUCUGUUUGAACUUGGAAUUUGUUACAUGUUAACCAUGAACUUUACUGAAGCAUCGACAGUUAUGGACGAUUUGAUCAAGUCUGAAAAGGAAUUUGACACAAAGGGAAUUUGUUGCAUGCUUCUUGCCGUUUGUAAAUUGAAACUUGGUGACAAAGAGGGUGCCAAUGUGCUUAUCAAAGACUUGGACAAGUACGUCUCCAAAAAUUCUCGAAUUGACAAGUUUGCUCUCGAAAAGAUUGACUUGAUUAAGUACAUCAAUACUGAAGAGGAAAGGCAUUUAAUGAUGCUUGUUUCUAUUUUCCAAAUUCUUUACUUGAGAAGAGAUUUGGCAAACUUGUCUGCUGACAUUGCAGAUCCACUCUAUCAAUUUUUCCUAGAUGUUGCCAAAGAUGUGAAAAUUGAUGAAAAGAGCAAGGUCCACGGUGACAUUGAAUCUGGUAUUUGUGUGGUCAAGGGACAAUUCUUGAGACAAAUAGGAAAGAGAGAAGAAUCUGUUGCAGAGUUCCAGAAAGCUCUCAAUUUUGAAAACAAGAUCAAACUCGAAAAGCAAUGGAUUGCCUUCUCCUUCUAUGAAAUUGCAGAGUCUAGUUAUCUGAAUGAAUUCAAGACCGAGUCUGAUACCAAGAAGAAGCUCCAUAUUUUACAUGAGGUUAAGAAGAAUUUAGAAAAAUGCAACAAAUUGAGUGGAUACCCAUUCGAAGAAGUCUUGCACAGUCGUGCCAAGCUUGCAUUAAAACAAGUCGAGGCUGAGCUCAAAGAAUUGAGUCAAAAGGAGAAAUAA